AUGAGUGCGAGGGUAUCAUCCAAGCGACCUUCUCGGAGGUGCACGUCGGAAUCUAACAGCAGCAAUGGGAAGAUAAUGCUGAAUGUGGAUUUGAACAUGAACUCGGACGCAUCGUAUGGCAGUAUCCAUGCGCAUGCCCCUCCUCCAAGAAUGGCUGCUCCAGUAAUGCCACAGUCAAAUCAGUCUGUCGGGCAACAGUCUACUACCCUGCAGUCAAAUGCACCCAUCGAUGUUGAGGCAAUCGAUGAUGAUGUGGUGCUGCUGCCGUCGUCAAGAGAUUUCCCUCAGGUUCGCUCAGCAAGAGUGUUCUUUUCCUUUUAUCAUUUCCUUCCUAGUAUUUCUUUGAGAUUAUUCCAGAACCAUUAAAAGCUGAACGAGUGAAAAUGGUAAAAUUGUGCUAACUUUUUUUUCUUUUUUAUCUGUUCUACUGGAGUGUGCUGUACAUUGACCACGGAAGCAGUUUUAGGUAGCACUGAAACCGUUUCAUUUUUUAAAAUUACGGGUCGCAGUACUGAUACGAUCAAUUACUCCCCCAGCUGCUCAUGGAGGAUAUGUCCUGUCAGAGCUCAGUUUUUUUUAAUUAACUUGAAUAUCUAAUUUAAUAUAAAGUCGGUAAUUUUGUGAUUAUUUUUUUUAUUGUCAUCAAUUUCUACCCGUUUGGGUUAUUUUACGUACAAGUGAUUAAUAUGGGUUAAGAAUAAAUGUGGAUGCAAAAGAUAUAUUGUAAAAAAUCUCUUUUCAUCUGCAAGAAGACGACUGAAUACAAAAAUGCUCCGCGAUAAUGAGCGUUGAAAACUUCUGGUUAUCAUUGUUCCUUAUUUUAUCGUUAUUUAUUGAUUUUAUUUUUAGAUUAAAUAAAUUACUACUUUCCUCAAGAUGCUCUGUAUGAAAAAUUACUGCAUGGAGAAGUUGAUUACAUCCGUACAACAACGUGUUGAUCAAACAAUUUUAUUUUCCCAAGCUGAUUUGAUUUUGUUUAGCUUGUUGCUUGUGCUCUUGUCAACUUUCUUAUCCUUUUUAACUUCAUGGAUGAGGUUAACUUUGACCUUAUCUGACUCAUUUUUAUAUAUGCAUUUGGGCAUGCUAUGUGCAAUGUGCAUUAUGUAAAUUAAGCUUUCCUUCUUGUCACUCCUUCCAAUGAUUUCGUAACUUUUGUCAUCAAUGCGUUUGCUUUAUGUUAGUAAUGCUCAGUGUAAUGAGAUAUAACCUUUAGUAUUGAACUCUUGGGCAGCUAUACUUACUAUCAGAGAGUGGUGAAUUGUUUCGUGCAAUUUCAAUAUGUUGAAUUUACAUCUAUGGUGUCGCAAAUAUUUACACAAAUGAUUUAAGAGAUUUAUUGUGGUUCAAUCAUCUUGACCUACCUUAUUCUCUAAUUAGUUGUUAUUAAAGUUUCCACUUAAUUGCAUCAUCAUAUUAGAAGUUGAUUUAAAUGUGCUAACUGAACCUUCACACAGAGUCAAACUUUCAUUCAUAUCAGAUUUACUUUAAAAAAUGUGAAUAAAUGCAAAAUGAACUUAGAAAGCCUGUGGCAAGGUUGGAGAAGAUGAACACAACACUUUUAAGUGGUCAUACAACCUUGAGUACUGAAGCUUUUUGGAGCGGAUGCGAUUUCUAUAUUCUUGGAAAUUUAAUCAAGGAGCUUUUAACAAAGAGUCACCAGUAAUUUCUGUUCACACCUCUGUUCUGGCGUGUUAUUUUCUUCAUGGAUUAGCCCCGAAUUUUAUUGGCGGCCAUCUACUAUUCCAUCAGGUUCAUUCAAAAGUCCUUUCAUUUCGUCACCUAAAAUCAUGCAUGAUAUUUACACAUUAAUAAAAGAAUGGGGAGUUUUACCAGUAAAUUCAAAUUUUCAGUUUCAGCAUAUCUUAUCAAAUGAUUUUGUUUCUGUUCAACCGUUCCAAAUAUCGCCAAUUAUUUCUCUUUGGCAUGAUCGUUUUUGGGUAACUACGUUUUUGUUAAAACAGAACUCAAAUUAAUGCGAGUGACUCUGCUAGCAAUGCUGCUAUUAGACUGCAUUAUCAUUUCUUAUCGUACAGGGUCGGAACAAGUCCAGGAGAACUCGCCCCAUUACAGUAAUCUUAGAUGAAGAUUUAGAUGUCCAAGUGGGGCCUUCAGGUUAGUUUCUGUCUUUUUUAUUAUUAUUAUUAUUUCGGUUGAUGCUAGCAAGUAUAGAAUACAGAUAUUCUAUAUUUCGGCUUCAUUCCUUUGUUCAUAUUUCUCUUGCGUGAUCUCUAAAACACUCUCUAAAGAAGUAAAACCACUGAAAAUCUGUGACGUAACCUUAUGGCUUACCUGAUGCGUUUUAUAGAAAGAUCAUUUCAUUUUAAAUUUUCUUGCUGCUUACAGUGGCUCUCCACUUCUCUGCAUGCGACCUGGAUUUUCCUCCUAAACGACAUUACUGACAGGAUGUCAUUCUACUGUUUUGCAUCAUGGAACCUUUUCAUUUUAGUUUAAUUCUCCAUAAGGUUUUUGGUUUCCUCUAAUUGAUGUUUACUAUUCCGUAUCUCCAUUACAUUCCAAAAUCUCAGGAGUGUUCCAAGUUCAGCGGAAAGUUUUGCAUCUGAAAACUUUCGCCGAUAUUGAUUUUUUAUUUUAGUAUUUUUGUGACUUAUCAUUUUCUUCGAUUUUUAAUAUGAAUGACACUUCUGCUGUCGAUUUUCAUAAACAUUUCCCUGUUUAUGAGAGAACAGGUACUAUUUUUUUUGCCAAAUUUUUUGAUUGCUAUUUUCAAUGUAUGUGUUAUGUUUGUCACUCUACCAAUGUUUUUGAGAAAUAAUGAAUCUAGGACCAACAGAAAGGAAAAUUAAUGUAACCCUAGUUGUGGUUUUCAUGCCAUCAAUGUUCCCAUCAAGGUGGGACAUCAUUGAAAUAUCUUGGUUAAAUCCCUUUUCUUAACUUUGGAAAUAAUGGAUGAUAUCUAUUCGCGUGUUAUUUGUCAAUGUUCUCACUCUCUUGCUCUCAGGGUUCAUCAAAUUCCUUCCUUCCCCCUUUUUUUUAUUGUGCCAGAAACCUCUGGAAAGCGCUCGUCGGCUAGGCCGUCUGCCAACAAUCACAGCAGACAGAAGGUGUCAUCUAAGGGCACUGUAAUCAACUGUGAAAUCUAUGAAAAAUCGGAACUGGGUCAUGAACCCAAGGUCAGUGGCCAUUCUCUGCAUCGACCAUACAAGCAUUAAUGUACGUUCCUGCAUCAUAUAAUCACUUUAACUAGAGAGAGAUAAUAAUCGAUUUCCUGCCAUAAGUUUUUCAAUUCUCCUGCAUAUUCCAUCACAGACUUAUUUCCUUGAAUCGUGGACAUGGAUUUUGUCUCAAGUUCAUAUAUAUGGGCCUCAGAGAGAGAGAAAGAGAGAAGAGAGGGAGAGAGAGGGAGAGAGAGGGAGGGAGAGAGAUGGAGAGAGAUGGACAGGGAACAGAUCUAAGCUUCUUCAAAUUCUUCCUGAUGUAUUGUUGUGAGAUGAAAUGAUCAUGUUUUGUAAAAGAAGGCCAAUCGUGAUUUUAUUUGGUGCUCAUCAGCCCCAGAUCUGUGUUUAGUGCAUUUUCUGAUCCGGUUGGCAUGUGGCAGAAAAGGUGUGUUUCGAAGAGCUCAGAACCCCAGAGGGAGGCCCCAAAGGAGCCCGCUUUCACCUGCUCCAUCUGCUGGGGGCAGCUGGUCGAGGAGACAUCGACCAUCUGCGGCCACAUCUUCUGCCAGGGCUGCAUCAAGGCCGCCAUCCACACCCAGAAGAAAUGCCCCACCUGCAGGAGGCCUCUCACCAUGAAGAACAUCCAUAGGGUUUACCUCUCUGUUACCAAUUGA